AUGAGUGGAACAUUGAUAUUUGGACGUACGUUGUCGCAUAUAUCGUAUAUAAAAAGCCGGUUUUUAACUAAAGAGUGUUUCAAUAAGUGUGCGACAUUGAAAUCAGUUAGAUAUUUUUCGGUGACAGCAAGUAAAAAAAUGAAGUUGGUACAAUUUAGCUACAACGACAAGCCGGGGCAAAUUCGCGUUGGAUAUGUGGAGGGAAAUGGCGUAGUAGACCUAAACAAAGUAGAUAAUGCCCUUCCCAAUAACCUACUGGGGGUAUUAAAGAAUGGAGACUUGGAAAAAGUUAAAAAAAUCAAAUCAAAGAACCCAACAACUGUGCCGCUCAGUAAUGUGAAAUUGGAAGCGCCCAUCACUGGUCAAGAUAAAGUGCUCUGCAUCGGCCUGAACUACCUGGACCACUGUGCGGAGCAGAAGAAGACACCACCAGAAGUGCCCAUGAUGUUCAGCAAGUUCGCCAGUUGCGUCGUCGGACCAAAUGAUUCUGUGAAGCUGAAAACGGAUGUAACGAAAAAAGUUGACUGGGAAGUGGAGCUGGUUGUCGUAAUCGGCAAAGAGGCUUCAUGUGUGAAGGCUGCUGACGCAUUCGACUACGUGGUCGGGUACACUGUAGCGCAGGACAUCAGCGCCCGCGACUGGCAGAAGGACAAGAAUGCUGGCCAAUUCUUAUUGGGCAAGUCGAUGGACACCUUCUGCCCAAUCGGACCUUGGAUCGUGACCAGUGAUGAGAUUGGUGAUCCCCAAAACCUAGACAUCAAGUGUAGUAUCAACGGCGAGCAGAAGCAGAGCAGCAACACUUGUCAGCUGGUCCACAAGAUUCCUGACGUCAUUGAGAGAUUGACAUCCGUGAUGACUCUUUAUCCCGGAGACAUCAUCCUCACGGGCACCCCCGGUGGUGUGGGCUUGUAUCUCGACCCUCCGCAGUUCUUGAAGCCCGGUGACGUCAUCACCAGCACCAUACAGAACAUUGGCACCUUGGAAACCAGGGUAGAGAAGUACACGAAGCAGUGA